AUGCCAGUGAAGUGCAGUGCGUGUUGCAAGUAUAUGUCAGUUAUAGAGGGCAUUGUUUGUCCCAGUUGUAAGGAGUCAAACCACAGAUCGUGUGUAAACAUACCUAAGGAUGCUCAAGUGCACAGCUCCUGGCUAUGUCCGAGUUGUAAAGCCAGGCUGCCAACGAGGAAUGAAAAUAGCACGCCCCUUCGUGGUAUGAGUGCCGCCUACGUGUUGGACGCCUCCAUGUCCGAGCCGACGGUUGUCACCCAGCCAGCCAGCAUAGAGCUGGAUGAUACUGCUGGCGUGCUUAACAACACAGCGCUCGACAAUACAGUGGAGUGCGGGGGGCCGGAGUCCGACCUGUCUACAGAAUUGCGGCAGUUCCGGGAGGAGAUGCGGCGGACUCGAGAGGAGUUCCGCGCAUUCCGCCAGGACAUGCAGGAUCUGCGUGCCCUGGUGUCCUCAUGUGACACACGGCUUAGCAAGCUGGAGACUAGGGUCGACGAAAUGGAGCGGAUUGCGGGUAUGGGCGGAGACGGAGCCCACGGUGAGCUCAUCGGUAUGCUGGAGAGCACAGUCGCCCAGCUGAGGCAGGAUCUCGAUGAUCGUGAUCAGGAGCUACUCCUGAACGACAUCGAGAUCUCAGGAGUCCCCGAGGAGAAUGGAGAGAGCGUCGCCCACCUCGUUACGGCGUGCGCCGCGAAGCUCGGCGUGACGGUCGACGAACGUGACAUCGUUAGGUGUAUGCGUGUGGGUGGGCGGCGCGAGGGGAGCGAGGGCAAGCCGCGCCCGCGCAACAUCGCCGUGCGCCUCGCCCGCCGCUCCACUCGCGACCGGUUCCUCCAUGAAGCGCGCGUGCGGCGCACCGCCACCACGGAGGGAACGGGCCUACGCUCUGAGCCUCGGCGAUUUUAUGUAAACGAGCGGCUCACAAAAAACAAUCGCAUGCUGUUCGGCCGAGCGCGUAAAUUAGCUAGCUCUUUAAGUUGGCGGUAUGUAUGGACGCGUGACGGCAAAAUUUUUACCCGCCGAGACCAGGGCGAUCCGGUAAACCGGAUUAGGUCGGAAAAAGACCUAGUUAGUGUUUUUGGUCCGGCGCGCGUUCGUCCUGCUCCCGCAGCUGGCGAGAGCAAUGUACUUAUUGAUGCGAUAUAA